AACAGUUGGCCCGAAAACAGCUGUCUUUUGUUUUUAAAUUUGUUUUGAUACAAUUCUUACAAUUAAUUAUGAUCUUACCAGGAGAAAAGAAACAUUAACUACAAUUUAACAGGUGACAAUGCUGAGGCUGUGCCUUUCGCCCCGGACUGGAGUGCCCUGCAGACGUAAUUUCGCACACGAAGAGAAAACACGGACAAGAAAGCCGGAAACGCACUAUGAGGUACUAAACAUAUCGACCAACUGCAGUAGCCAAGAAGUCCGCAAUGCCUUUGUCAAGCUUUCCAAGCUGUACCACCCAGAUGUCAAGAGCAAUGCAGCGAGUCCCGAGAGGACGGCUCGGUUUCUACAAAUAUCGGAGGCUUACAAGACUCUAAUUAAGCCUAAGCUACGACGGGACUAUGACGACAGCCUGCUGUGGAAGCCAUCGCGCUCGGAACGCAGUCCGGUGGACGAAAAAGGCAAUCCUAUCCAACCGUGGGAUGUCAAGCCCAACUUUGACCCAAAUCCAAGACCCUACUAUGGCAUCAAGGGAGUGAAUCGCGUCUCAAACUGGCAGGUUGCCUUGGCGUUAAUGGCUAUCGGAGUCUUAGGAGCAUUGUUCGGCUUCACUUCUGUCAAGCACUCUUUCAACCUGAGUCGUCAAAUCCAGGACGAGGUCUCAGCAAAUGCCAAUUCCCACCAUGCCGCCGUCGUGGCAGAUGCCCAGAAAUACGGGAACGAAGAACAGGUACGCCGCAUGAUCGAUCGAAUGGCACGGAGUCCGUUUAACCAGACGGCAUCGAAGUAGUAUUUUAUUUGAUUUAGCAAAAUUAAACGUGAAAGCAGAUAGAUA